AUGAAUGUCGGCCUUCCAAUUGAAGAAUUAUUCAUGAAGAAGCAAGGGUCUAUAGAGAAGAAUGAGGAAACAUGGGAACCUGAGAAGAAUACGAAGAUGAGUUCUGAUGGAAGUAGAUCUUCUUUUGAUGAAUUUACUUUUUCAACUCCUGAAUAUGAGACAGAAAACGGAGAUGCCGCCAUGCGAGAAUUCUUCAACUUUGACGAGUUACCACAAGAAUCUUCAACAAAAUUGUUGGAAGUUCCGCCUUCUCUCUCGAUUGAUUCUUCACCAAACCUGUCAAAUUCUCAAGAUGACAGUGAAGAAUCUCAAGAUCGUUCGGCAGAGUACAUGCAGCCUCACAUAGAUACGGCUUACCCUUUCCUUAUCAGCAACUCUCAGUUUUCCAAUCCCUCCGUUUUUCCUCCAGUGACGAACUUGCAAGUUGCGAAUGACCAUCUUGAUGGUACUACUGAAUUAUACUCAAAUGGAGACGCCAUCAAGCAGUUCCCUAAUUUGCCAGCUACCGAUUUUCCUUCUGCAGUAAUAAACCCUUCAUAUCUAAGUAAUCCAACUUUUGCGAAUGAAAAUUUGUCCGCUGAGUUACCUCUUUUGGAUUCUGAAGGCGAAUCUUUCCCUAUAUCAUCUGCUCCAUUCCCGGGGCUUCAAGAUUAUAUUAUAUCUGUUAAUCACGUACCUGCUGUUAACGAACAAAAAUGGAGGUCAAGAGUGGAGACAAAUAUGCUAUUUCAAAUACAAAUUCGAAGUGCUAAUGAUGGUGCCGUACCUUUUAAAUAUAUCCGUUUACCUAAUUGGGCCCAUCGUGAAGAGAAGAAAAGAUCUUCAAAGAAAUCAGUAACCUACGCUGACCCUCGCGAGUACUUGCAGUUAAUACCGACUGUGAUGGCUGGUGAUGAUACUAACAAUGUUGUUCAUACAUGCUGUAUUCGCUGCUUACUCCGUGAAAGGAAGCGAAAUGCUCGUUCUCAAGCAACUAAAGAUGCUUGUAUGCCUAACUACACUAAACUAAAAGCUUGCGAGCGUACCAUGGCAGAUGCUACACCAGAAGAAAAGCAUAACUUUCAAAUUAAACUUCUUAAUCAAUUCCCUAAAUUGGAAGAUAUCGAUGAACGAAAAAUGAUUAUGGUUUUUACUGGUCCUGAGUUUGUUCCGCUUGAGCCAAAUGAAUAUGGAAAAAUUGCACAUAUUAAUGCUAGAAUUACUUGCUACUCAUCGCAUCAGUCUUGUCCCUAUUUUCGUUUAACAUGGGAUUUGUAUUGUUCCUCAAAUUUAGUAGCUCAUCUUUCCUUUCCUGAGCCCAUAACCGUAACACAAAACUUAAUACCGGCUUCAGUUGAUUCAGUAAACAGACCUACCGAAAAGCGAAGAAAGACAUUGUCUGAGAUAAAUUCCUAUCUUCAACCUCAGCAAUGGGCUAAGUCCGAUAUGGUCUCUGAAGUUUCUAAUAUUCUGGAGGAGGAUGGUAUAACGAAUGUUGUUCCUAAUAUCCCAACGCUUCAUGUGUCCAAUGAUUAUCCGGCAAGUCCUUCUACUAAUAACCAUCAAGUUCACCUUGAUACAAUCAACAACGAAGCCAUGAAAAUGGAUACGAGACACAUUCCUCAUGAAUUAUCUCCAUACACUCAAUUACCAAAUGCAUUUUUGGAAAACGAUGACGCUAAAAUAGGUCCUUAUAUGUCAAAUGAAGAACGCUGUCAGCCAAUUCUUAGAACACCCGAAUUUAAUAAGCAAAACGUGAUUAGUUCAGCCUCUGCCACACCAAGCCCUCCUCAGUCAAGGGAACCUCUCAUUUCUCGUGUUAUACCAAAUAGGGGAUCCAUUAUGGGUGGCUAUGAAGUUACUAUUUUAGGAGCAAAUUUCUUUAAUGGAUUAGUAUGCUUAUUUGGAGAGACGCCAGCCGCUGUCACUUUCUCAUGGAGUGAUUCAACAAUUAUAGCAACAUGUCCUCCUGCAACGAUGGCCGAGACGGUUCCCGUAAAAUUUGUGAACUAUCCUAUGGACUCGGGCAGUUCAACGGUUACAUUUACGUACGAGGAUAAUCUCGAUAAUGAACUUUUUAAGUUGACGGUACAAGUCCUUGGUUUGAAGCUGACGGGAGCUAUUCAGAAUCCUUUAACGCUUUCUAAAAAACUACUAAGUUCUUGGAGAGAUGAUUUUGCUCAGUAUAUUACAAACUCUAUUAAACCAACCUCUAACCAAGACUGUGAAACUAGCCAUGAUUUUAUGAGCGAAAGGAUUGAGUCUUUGAAAAGCAUGGUAUCUCAAGUUGCAAAAGAACAUAAUGUUCCAUUCCCGAACAGUCUUGAAAACUCUGUAUUGGCCGCUUUAUCUAUUGUAGAGGAGACAAAGACAACGUUUCCUACAGAUUUUGACGUGGUGAAUGAGUCUGGCCGUACAUUAUUACACUAUUCCGUGGCCGCUGGUCUUGCUUCUGCUACAACAUUUCUUAUUAACGCUGGAGCUGAUGUAAAUAAAAGGGAUUCGUUAGGUUACACACCUUUGCAUUAUGCUGCACUCUAUCAACAUUUGGAUAUCUAUUUACGUUUACUUUCGAAAGGUGCAUUGCCGGACUUAGCCGGUGCCAACGACAAAUGUCCUAAUGAUUUAGCUAGUACAAAGUUUAAGAGUUUAGUUGCGGAGAAAGAAAAGGAAAGCUUUACUUUGCUUGAUGAAAAGGCUGAUACGGAAAAUGGUAUAACAUUGAAACAAUCAAGCACUGUUGAAGAAAUAAAAGGUAAAUUAUGGUCACGGUCUUCAACCUUAUUUCCUUCUUUACAGGAAUUACCCCAGAACUAUAUGAGUGAAGUACCGUUACUUAUGCAGAAAGCUAUGGUUUCUACCUUGCGAAGCAUCUCUGCUAUUCCUGAUGAUGUACCUCCUCCUUAUUCUGAAGUAGCCGACGAGGGACAUGUACCACAAGUGAUUUCUGAUGAUUCCUCAAAAAGUGCUGAACAUAACAAAAGCGCUUGGUGGUCACUCAAAUGGCAAUCCCGCCUCGUUGGUCGUGGAAAGACGAGCGCAUUGACUCCGGAAGAAACAAAAGCCAUUCAAGAGCAAGCAAAAACGCUAAAGAAAGCUGGACUGGAUUUAAUGCUUUUUUCUUUUUGGCUUCCUGCUCUGUUGGUAUUGACGAUAUUCGGACUUCGAAGUUAUGCACAGUUAAUUGGAGGAUAUUUAUAUCAGUAUAUAAUUGGUGCCUGA